AUGGCGCAGCCUUUAUAUCUUGAGCACCGAGAGGAGUCGCUCAGCUGUGCUCAACUCCUGAAUUCAACAGUCUUCCAUAACGUUCGUUGGCUAUCUGUGUGGCUUAUUUUCGACACUGUGCAACUCAUGGCAACUUAUAAAGUCUAUAUUGCUCAAUUCACAUCAAUGCCGGUAUUCCACGAUGCAAUAUACAUUGAGGCGGACUCUGGUCGCGGAUGGAUGUACCAUGUCAUAGGAGGUCAUGGUCCCGGGUGGGAAAACGAAACGAAGCAACGAAACAAGAUCGAAGAUUCAAGACAAUUUUACAAGAAACAUUUCAAGGGCACUGUGGCCCAGGCUGACCUGCACCGAGUGGACGAAAUCUGUCGCUCGGUGUCCAUGCCUCAAAACCUGUACAAAGCAGGAGUCGAAUUCAGAAGAGAUUGUCGACAUUGGGUGCGCGACGCAUUGGGGAAGAUGGAACAGCAAGGCGUCUUCAAACCCAGCAAGGAGAGAUAG